AUGGCGGAUGAGGUGGACGAGAUCAGGGCUACAGUGGACGAGGCUUGGCUGGCAGCCUGGGGGAACAUGCUUGGGCAACACCUCUCUGGACUGAAUACGGAGGCCACUGCAACAGGGGUCAUUGGGGUCGAUAGCCAAGAUGCAGGCGUGAAUGUCUCGGAUGCCGGUGCUGUGGAUCGACAUGUGGCGAUGGAGCAUGAGGAGACGGAACGUAGCCAACAGGAGGAGGCAGCACGGGCGGAGGAGGCCGAGUUCUACAGGCGGGAGGAGGAGUGCCUGCUACGGUAUCAAGCCGCUGCCUACCAGGCCUGGGAAGACUGGGAGCUCAACAAUGCCAUGCAACAAGAUGCUGGUCAACCACCCUUACCACGGAGGAAACGCUGCGUGGUUGAAAUUGAAGUGUCCUCUGGAUCGCAAGAUGGCCCGAGAUCUACCCGCCGACAGGUCUUUGAUAUCCCUCCGGAAGGUCGCCUACGACUUCAAUUGUCCGCUUCUAUGGUGGAUGAUAUUCCGGAGUCGGAUAUUUCUACUGUGGUUCUGGAGCCGGCUGUGACGUCCGCCAAUGUGCACUUCGGGGGUCUACAAAGUGGGCUGGGAGAAGCAUCGGACAACGGCGAGGUGGAACCAGGGGUGGAGCCGAUUGGGGUACAAAGCUCGGUGGUGGAAGCGGGUGAGAAUGGGGAUGCGAGUGAAGUCGGGCUGAAUGCAGAUUGA